AUGGAUGUCUACUUGAUGAUUUGCCAUCACAAGACAACAAUCUUCACUGAGGCCAAAGAAAAAACAACUGUGCGUGAGUUGAAAGAGGGUGGACUGAAGAGGCCAUGGGAGGAGCAGUGGCUCUACAAAGAUGAGCAGCUGCUGGAUGAUGAUGAUAGGACUUUGCUAGUCAGUGGCUUAAGCAGCCAAAGCUGCCAUCCUCAUGCUCCUGCCACAGUGGGCUUGGCUUUAUUCAGACCUGGCAAUGGCACCUUUGAACCAUUGCAUAUUGACCUCUUCUCAAGCACCUCAGAGCUACCUGAUAUUAGGGAGUCACAGGAGUCUGAUAGAAGCUCUAGUGAGCAAACCUUGCACUAA